CGUUGGGCACUUCCGCCGGGCUCGGGUUUCCUUCGACUCGGCAUUUAAAUUGAGCUGCAGGACAUCAGCUGCUGCUACAUUGAGCUCCGCGCUGUGACAGAAAAUAACCAGUAGCACUAGCAAAACAGGCUACUCUUAAUUUUUACACGAGAAAGACAGAAAUAACUGUCGGUGCUGAAGGUUUGGGCUGUUUUGUGGACAGAAGAGCGGGAGCGGUUGAACAAUAACGGAGGUUGCGCUCUGACAGCAGCUCGGUGCAUCAUUUUUGGGAUUCCUCUGCUAGCUGUUGGACGAAAUUGAAUAGCGGUAAAGGGAUGUUGUACAUCAGCGGAAUGAUUAGGCUUUUUUUAGACAGUGUUUAUUUGCUGAGAUAGAUUGUUGAACAAAAACAAAGUUAUUGAAUGCAGUGUUUUUUGGCCCUGGAGCAUAAGUGGCCUGGACCGGGAGGACCGAUGGACUCGAUGAUGAGGUUCAGCAACCAUGUUCAGCUGGCUUGGAACCGACGACAGGAGAAAGAAGGAUCCAGAGGUCUUUCAGACCGUCGGUGACGGACUGAAGAAGCUCUACAGAACCAAACUCCUGCCUCUGGAGGAAAGCUACAAGUUCCAUGAGUUCCACUCUCCGGCUCUGGAGGAUGCAGACUUUGACAACAAGCCCAUGGUUUUACUGGUGGGACAGUACUCCACCGGCAAGACGAGCUUCAUACGCUACCUGUUGGAGCAAGAUUUUCCCGGUAUGCGUAUCGGCCCUGAACCCACCACGGAUUCCUUCAUCGCGGUGAUGCACGGCGACGUCGAAGGAGUCAUCCCCGGCAACGCUUUGGUGGUUGACCCCAAGAAGCCCUUCAGAAAGCUGAACGCUUUUGGAAACGCAUUCCUCAACAGGUUUGUGUGUGCCCAGCUGCCUAACCCAGUGCUGGAAAGCAUCAGUGUGAUUGACACACCAGGGAUUCUGUCAGGAGAGAAACAGAGACUCAGUCGAGGCUAUGACUUUGCGGCUGUCUUGGAGUGGUUUGCAGAGCGAGUGGACAGGAUCAUUUUACUGUUUGACGCCCACAAACUGGACAUCUCUGAUGAGUUCUCAGAUGUGAUAAAGGCCCUGAAGAACCAUGAAGACAAGAUCAGGGUUGUGCUGAACAAGGCUGACCAGAUAGAGACCCAGCAGUUGAUGAGAGUGUACGGUGCCCUGAUGUGGUCACUGGGGAAAAUAGUCAACACCCCUGAGGUGAUCCGCGUCUAUAUCGGGUCCUUUUGGUCCCACCCGCUGUUGAUUCCAGACAACAGGAAGCUGUUCGAAGCAGAGGAGCAGGACUUAUUUAAGGACAUUCAGUCUUUACCGAGAAAUGCAGCGCUUAGGAAACUCAACGAUCUGAUCAAGAGGGCAAGACUAGCCAAGGUCCAUGCCUACAUCAUCAGCGCACUGAAGAAAGACAUGCCCUCUGUGUUCGGGAAGGAGAACAAGAAGAAAGAACUGAUCGGCAGUCUAGCAGAUAUUUACAAACGCAUUGAAAGAGAGCAUCAGAUAUCACCUGGAGAUUUUCCUAGUCUGAAGAAGAUGCAGGACCAACUCCAAGGUCAGGAUCUCAACAAAUUCCAGCCUCUGAAACCCAAACUCCUGGAGGCAGUGGAUGACAUGCUGGCCCACGACAUCGCUGGUUUAAUGGUCCUGGUCCGCCAAGAAGAAACCCAGCGUCCCAACCCGGUCGUGAAGGGCGGUGCGUUCGACGGCACAUUGAACGGCCCGUUUGGCCACGGGUACGGCGAAGGAGCCGGCGAAGGCAUCGACGAAGCAGAGUGGGUCGUAGCACGAGACAAACCCGCCUACGAUGAGAUUUUCUACACGUUGUCUCCUGUCAACGGGAAGGUGACGGGCGCCAACGCCAAGAGGGAGAUGGUGAAGUCAAAACUGCCCAAUACGGUGCUGGGAAAGAUCUGGAAGCUGGCGGACAUCGAUAAGGACGGGAUGCUUGAUGAUGAGGAGUUUGCGUUGGCCAAUCACCUGAUAAAAGUGAAACUGGAGGGACAUGAACUGCCAUCGGACCUGCCUGCACACCUGGUGCCUCCAUCCAAGAGGAAAAUACCUGAGUAAAUGUAAGAUUACAUCAUCCCCUGCCCCCAAAACCUGUAAGUAGACCCUCCCCCUCCACCCAGAGAUUAAAUUAAAAUAGAAAUAUUCCUGUAGCAUUAUAGCAAAACAAACAAAUAAAAAAUAUGCGAACAAAGUAAACCCCAUUUCCAUCUCCCUAUCCUGCUCUGUUGCUGUCAUCGCGACAUCUGCAGUCUUUCCUUCUCUUCAAGAGGCAAUUCAUUGAGCUAUAUUUAAAAGAAAUAAUUUAGAUGAAUGCUAAUUGGCUGUUAGCAUGUGGAUUCAAAUGCUACAUUUCGUUUUAUGAGUCGUCCCAUUUAAAGUCAAGUCUUUAGCCCAGUGUCCUCUUUUGUAUUUAAGGGUGAGAUAUUAUGAGCUUUUGGGUAGAGAAAUGUGUUAGAUGUGUUUUAUGAAAGCUGAUUAAAAGUCUAAAGCAAAAAACACUGGAAUCCAGCCAAAUGUGAGGUGAAGGAAAUGGAAGCGGUACAAUGUGAAGACAAGAAGAAGGAGUUGGAAGAGACAUCGGGAUAUAAUAAUGCAAAAAUAUUAUUGUAUUAUUUUCUGAGGAUUUCCUGGCUUGAGAAUACACGCAAACAAAUGUGAAGAAGCACACACAAUAAAGAAUACAGUUGUGGUUAUAUGGUUUGUAACUCGAGCAGAGUAACACCUCCAAUUAUUCUAAAAAAGAAAAUGACCUGCAUCAACUUUUAAAGCUUUUUGAAAUGUGAUAUGCAGAUGUUGAUAUGUGUGCUUCUCCAAUGGGUAAAAAGCAGUGAGGAAACUAAAGGAUGACAAGUGUCUUAUGAUUUUUGCAUAGUUCUAAAUAUAAUUAACAUGUUUGGAAAUACUGUGACUAUAAUAUGGAACUAUAUAAUGGGUAUUGUUUCCGGGGUGCGGACAUUCUCAGUAUAAAUGUAUUGUAAGGACUUUGAAUGUUGAACGUGUGGACGUUCUCAGUUCUGUGUGGGCACAUCCUGACUAUUGUAUGUAUGUAUGCAUAUGAUCCACAUCUAUCACUGUUAUUAUUUGUAACGUAUAUGUAAUAAGUCUUAGGCAUCUCACAGGCUACUGCUUCGGGAGUAUUCCAGUGGGUUGCUAAUAAUGGAUGAAUCGGUUAUUGUUCACAUUGCGAAAGUGAUCUAAUAUAACCUAACCUGCUAUACCAGAGAGCGAACACACAGCUGUUCACUUCUUUUGUGAUGAUAACUAAACACUAAUCGACACAUUUUUCAAAUAUUUGUGAAUGAAAAGUUGGCUUUACAUUUCGUUUGUUGAAACUGUAUACAUGUUAUCCGAUUUACUGCAGCGAUAUGCCAGUAUGUACGUGUGUGUGUGUAUAUAUAUGUAUAUGUGUGUAUAUGUGUGUG